AUGUCUUUAGAAAACUCAAAAAUUGGUUGGUUAGCUUCAUUAAACGUUAGUGAAACUCCUGAAUCACAAUUACGUCGUACUUCAAUCAUUGGUACUAUUGGUCCAAAAACAAAUUCACCAGAAACUUUAGUUAAUUUAAGAAAAGCUGGUUUAAAUGUUGUUCGUAUGAAUUUUUCUCAUGGUUCUUAUGAAUAUCAUCAAUCUGUUAUUGAUAACGCUAGAAAAUCUGAAGAAUUAUAUCCAGGUCGUCCAUUAGCUAUUGCUUUAGAUACUAAAGGUCCAGAAAUUAGAACUGGUGAUACCAAGGAAGGUAAAGAUUAUGCCAUUCCUGCAAAUCAUGAAAUGACUUUCACUACUGAUGAAAAAUAUUCAAAAGAAUCUGAUGAUUCAUUAAUGUUUAUUGAUUAUAAAAAUAUCACUAAAGUUAUUGAAAAAGGUCGUAUCAUUUAUGUUGAUGAUGGUGUUUUAUCUUUUGAAGUUUUAGAAGUUGUUAAUGAUACCACUAUUAAAGUUAAAUCUGUUAAUGCUGGUAAAAUCUCAUCUCAUAAAGGUGUUAACUUACCAAACACUGAUGUUGAUUUACCAGCUUUAUCUGAAAAAGAUAAAGCUGAUUUAAGAUUUGGUGUUAAAAAUGGUGUUCACAUGGUUUUCGCUUCAUUUAUUAGAUCUGGUGAAGAUGUUAGAGUUAUUAGAGAAGUUUUAGGUGAAGAUGGUAAAGAUAUUAAAAUUAUCUCCAAAAUUGAAAAUCAACAAGGUGUUAACAAUUUUGAUGAUAUCUUAAAAGAAACUGAUGGUGUUAUGGUUGCAAGAGGUGAUUUAGGUAUUGAAAUUCCAGCUGCUCAAGUGUUUGUUGUUCAAAAACAAUUAAUUGCUAAAUGUAAUUUAGCUGGUAAACCAGUCAUUUGUGCUACUCAAAUGUUGGAAUCAAUGACUUUUAACCCAAGACCAACAAGAGCUGAAGUUUCUGAUGUUGGUAAUGCUAUCUUGGAUGGUGCUGAUUGUGUUAUGUUAUCAGGUGAAACCGCUAAAGGUAACUAUCCAAUUGAAGCUGUUACUAUGAUGCAUCAUACUGCUUUAAUUGCUGAAAAGGCAAUUGCUUAUCCAUCAUUAUAUGAUGAAUUAAGAAAAUUAACUCAAAGACCAACUGGUACUGUUGAAACUGUUGCUUUAUCUGCUGUUAACGCUGCUGCUGAAAACAGUGCUAAAGCUAUCAUUGUUUUAUCAACUUCAGCUACUACCGCUAGAUUAGUUUCGAAAUAUAGACCAGAUUUACCAAUCAUUAUGGUAACAAGAAAUCCAAGAGCUGCUAGAUUCUGUCAUUUAUAUAGAGGUGUUUAUCCAUUUGUUUAUGAUCAACCAGCUAUUGAAAAUUGGUCAGAAGAUGUUGAAAACCGUUUAAGAGGUGGUAUUGAUGAAGCUAUUUCUUUAGGUAUCUUGAACAAAGGUGAUAAUGUUGUUAUCAUCCAAGGUUGGACUAAAGGUAUUGGUCAUUCAAACACUGUUCGUUUAUUAAACGCUUAA